GUUAACACCUGCAAAGGGUGAGCUACGGAGCGCAUGCGCACUAGAGCAUGACGCUCAUAGUCCCUCCUCACUCGCCGUAGUCAACAGUACAAUGUCACACAAGCUAACUCAAGCGAACAUUGCGCAAAAGAAGACUCCAGGUGACUCAAUUUAACUUCCAACACAGCCAGUCAAUAUGGUCAACGUGCACAAAGGUGUUCUUGUUGAAUGCGACCCUGCCAUGAAGCAGUUCCUCCUGUUCCUGGAUGAAACCAUGGCCCUGGGGAAAAAGUUUAUCUUAAAGGACUUGGACGAAACACACGUUUUUAUCCUGUCAGAGGUGGUCCAGACCCUACAGGAGAGAGUGGGAGAGCUCAUGGACCAGAACUCCUUCCCCGUCACACAGAAAUGAGAUUAUUUUCAAGAAUAAUCCCUUUUGUUUGGAGCUUCUGAUUGAGAAGUGUCUGCCAGUUUUAUGUUUUAAGGUAAAGUAAAUUAAUAAUUUUUGCAUCAUUGAAAUGACAGGGUUAAUGAAUGCUCCUUUCUUUUAGAGCUAAUGUGUCAGGGCCCGUGGCCCGCAAAAACCUGGAUACAAUGUGCGCCAAUAAAGCACUUCUUCUUUCUG